CAUGGGUGAGCUCUCUUUCUAUGGGAAUGGUCUUCUUCUGCUCUCCAAUAGUCAGUAUAUUCACAGACCUGUUUGGUUGUCGAAAAGUAGCUGUUAUUGGAGCUGCAGUAGGGUUUGCUGGACUCCUUUCAAGUUCUUUUGUAAGCACCAUUGAGCCUCUAUAUUUCACCUACGGGAUCGUAUUUGCCUGCGGCUGCUCCUUUGCAUACCAGCCAUCCCUGGUCAUUCUUGGGCACUACUUCAAGAAGCGCCUUGGGCUGGUGAAUGGCAUUGUCACCGCAGGCAGCAGCUUGUUCACUGUGUCCCUGCCCUUCGUCUUGAGAGUCUCCCUCGACUCUGUCGGCCUGUACAACACCCUGCGGGUCCUCUGCAUCCUUAUGUUUGUUCUGUUCCUGGCUGGCUUCACAUACAAACCCCUUGUUUCCAACACCAAAGACAAGGAGGGAGGAAAAAAGGGAAAGUUCAGAUUUCCUCCUGACAAAAAGAUUUGCAAUUUCUCUGUUUUCAAAGUUCUCAGUUACCGAAUCUGGGCUUUUGGGAUCCCAGCUGCACUGUUUGGAUACUUUGUGCCUUAUGUUCACUUGAUGAAGCAUGUAAAAGACAGAUUUGGUGACGAAGUGCCAGAAGAAGUGCUUCUGCUGUGUCUGGGCAUUACUUCAGGAGUUGGCAGAUUGGUCUUUGGCAGAGUUGCAGAUUAUAUUCCUGGUGCAAAAAAAGUUUAUUUGCAGGUUGCCUCAUUCUUCUUUAUUGGUCUGAUGUCAAUGAUGAUUCCUCUGUGCCACGUCUUUGGAGGUCUCAUUGCCGUCUGUCUCUUCAUGGGCCUCUUUGAUGGGUGCUUCAUUUGCAUCAUGGCUCCCAUUGCCUUUGAGCUCGUUGGGCCUCAGGAUGUCUCCCAGGCCAUAGGAUUUCUGCUAGGACUCAUGUCAAUACCUAUGACAGUUGGUCCACCCAUUGCAGGUUUGCUGCGUGAUCACCUUGGCACCUACGAUGUAGCAUUCUACCUGGCCGGAGUCCCUCCCCUGAUUGGCGGAGCUAUAUUAUGCUUCAUCCCCUGGGUGCACGAACGGCACAAGUUAAAAGAGAGAGCAAAACCUGUUGAUGGAGAAACUACUGAGAAAAUGCUGGAAAACGAAAGCCCUCUGGUGUUGGACACUACAGAAAAGCCAGUCAAAGAAAUGGAAUCUUCUUGCUGAUGCUUUCUUUUCCUGUACCAGCCCGACCUCUUCCUGCUGAAGCUACAUUUAUACUUUUUGGCUGAAGAUACUACAUGAUACUAAAGAAGUUUUGAACUAUUGCUCAAAUUGCAAACUUCUUAUUGCUCUAAGAAUAUUUUAUACCAUUGAACUUAUUUUGAUGAGUUGUUAACUUUGAUUUCAUGCCACAUUUUCAAGGUAUUUGAAGUUUUGUAGCAUUAGUGUGUACGUGAAUAGUGAUUCUGUGUAUGAAGAGAGUAUUUUUCUAAUUCAUCAGAACCUUUUUCUAGAAGCGUGAAAGCUGUUUUUGGUCCACUGCCCCAAGAUUCUUCAGUAACUCUUAUGGUCCAUCCAAAGCAGGCACCCCCGUGGGUGGUUAUACUGGAAAAUGUAGUAGCUCUUAUGACCGAUCUGUUUUUUGAAGUUUCUGAUGCUGCUUUAGUCUUUUACAAUUCUAUAUCAUGA